AUGAGGUCCCUGGUGUUUCUUCUGCUUGUGGCAGUGGCGAGUGCCAGGGUGUACACUCGUUGCGAGUGGGCCAGGGUGCUGAAGGCGAAUGGAAUGGAUGGCUACCACGGUUAUAGCCUGGCCAACUGGGUGUGCCUUUCUAAGUGGGAGUCAGACUACAAUACCGGGGCUACCCAUUACAAUUCAGAUGGCUCCACUGACUAUGGCAUCUUCCAGAUCAACAGUCGGUACUGGUGUGAAGACUACAAAACCCCAGGGGGCAAGAACGUCUGUGGCAUCCAGUGUAGUGAACUUCUGACUGAUAAUGUCAAAGUAGCCAUCCGCUGUGCCAAACGUGUGGUUCAGGAUCCCAAUGGCAUCAGGGCAUGGGUUGCUUGGCGCCUUCAUUGUGAGGGCCGUGACCUGAACUCCUAUGUGGCAGGAUGUGGGGUUUAAAACUUGAAACCAUCAGGACAAAAAUAACAUCCACACCAUGGUGG